ACAUUCCCCUCCCCAGCACAGCAGCGAACCCCCGGCCAGGGGACCAAUGAGUGGGCAGCGCAGGCUGGCCCAGCGGGGCGGGGGAUAUAAGCACCUGCAGCCCCAGCCAAGGCACCCGCUGUUCCUGACCAGUUUCUAGCCCAGGCCUCAGGUCCCGGAGUGCAGCGCCUGUCACAAUGAAGGUCUUGGUCUUGGCCAUGGUGCUGCUCUGUGUGUGCAGCUUGGAAGGUGCUGUGGUGAUGCGCGACGCAGAAACCCCAAGCUCCAGCCUCUCGGAUGUCUUCUCCCAGUAUUUCCAGACGGUGUCUGAAUACUUGAGCAAGCAGUUGCCGGAGAAGGUGAAGGCCGAGGAGAUAAAGACCCAGGCAAAGGCUUAUCUGGAGCAGGCCAAUGAGCAGUUUUCGCCUAUCGCCAAGCGGCUGCACACCGAAUUCAUGGACCUCCUCACCCAGCUGGUGGAGACCGGGAAGAAGGCUGUGCAGCAGUGAGUGAGUGGCCGGCUCCCAACAGCCCCAGGGUAGCUGCCGAGCAGGGCUGGGCACUUUCCAUGGCAACGAGAGGAGGAGACGCGUGGGCCGAUUAUGGUGCUAAAGAGCUGACGGGGGGUGGGAAGGGGGUCCCAGGAGCAAUAAAUCUGAUGAGACAAC